AUGUCGAGGCACCCCCACUCGACCCCUUCCUCUCCCGUUAUCCUCAGCAGCGACGAUCAGAGCCGCCCCGCUACUCCCAAACAGCGUGCACCGAGGAUCCUCGUCCCCGACUCGAGUCCCUUGACCUUCCCAGACCACGUCUCGCCCGCUCGCAGGCCUGCCGCCGCCCGGCCAACCUCGUCAAGCCACGCUCGUCCCACCAUGUCCGGCGCACGCUUCCAGUCCGCCAUGCAGGGCAAUCGCUCAUCGCUCGCAAAGAGCCAGUUCGCUCCGCCCGCCUCCAACGGCAGCUCUUUGUCGUCCCCUGCCAAGGACGCGUCGGUCUUUCGAUCCUCGAUCGAACACUUCAAGUACGGCACCGACACCAAGGCAAGCUCCAAGGAAGGCUCUCGCGCCGCUAUCGACGUCGAUGCCCGCGGCAGCGACGACGACGCAAAGCCGAAGCCGAAGAAGCGGCGGCUAGUUCGUGGCGGCGGAGCGGGCGGGCAGUCUGACGAGGGCGACAGCGCCACGACCUCGAACCGCACCUCCCCGACGCCCUCCACCAGCAGGACCACGACGCCCAUCCCUCUGUCCUCUAGCGGAACAGGCAACGGCUCUGCUGCUCGAGAGUCGGCAUCUUCCGACGUGCUACUGCGGAAAGCCAUACGCUUGCACAACGUCUACUCCGGCUACGAAACGGCCGACCUGUUCGACGCUCUCAAGCUGACCAAGGGCGACGGUGGCAAGGCUCUCGAGGUCCUGAAGAGGCGCAAAGCGGCUGCGGCGGAAAGUGCAGCGGCCGGCCAACCUCGAAAGACUCCACAGGCUGUACCCACGUCCAGAACAACAUCCCACGUUUCGAAAACACUGCCGGCACAGCGCAAGGCGCAGCAGCAGCAGCAGCAGCAGCAAGCGGCUAUCGUCGUUGACGACGACGGCGACGACGGAGAACGCAUUGAUAACCGCAGGGUGACCGAGCUCAGCUCCGACGAAGACGACGCCGAGGAGAUCGACCGCGCCGACAAGGAGGACCGCGCGGCCGUCAACUGGUUCAACACGGCCGACGAGAACGCGCUCAUGGACACGACCAACUGCUCGGCGGCCCAGGCGCAGACCAUCAUCGGGCUGCGGCCCUUCAGGAACGCAGACGAUGUCGAGGCCAAGCUGGGCGACAAGGCGGCCAAGGGCGUGACCCCUCGGAUCUUCAACGCGUGCAAGGAGCUGAUGGCAGGCUACUACGAGGUCGACGAGGUGCUAGCCAAGUGCGAAAAGGUCGGCCGCGAGCUCAGCUCCGCAAUGGCCUCCUGGUAUCCGGACUCGGCCGGCCCCAGCUCGCGCGUCGGGUCGCCGGCCGCAGGCACCUCGAGAGAAGGCACGCCGUCCGGCACCCUCAACCUGUCGACGGUCAAGAAGGGCGCGUCGAUCAGGGACAAGUACUACCUCGAGGAGCAGCCGCGGUUGCUCGCCGAUGGCGUCACGCUCAAAGACUACCAGUUGGUGGGCGUCAACUGGCUCAACCUGCUCUACCGCAAAAAAACGAGCGCGAUCUUGGCCGACGAGAUGGGCCUCGGCAAGACGGCGCAGGUCAUCUCGUUCUUCGCUCAUCUGAAGGAGACGGGCGUGCGGGGUCCGCACUUGGUGGUGGCGCCGAGCUCGGUGCUGGAGAACUGGGACCGUGAGUUCCGCUUCUUUGCACCUUCGAUCAACGUCCGGCGCUACUACGGCUCGCAGAAGGACCGCGUCGAGCUGCGCGAGGAGCUGCGGUACGACGAGGACGUCGAAGUCAUCCUCACCACCUACGAGAUGGCGUCGGGCGGACCGGCCGACCACGCGUUCCUGCGCAAGCGCGGGUUCAAUGUCUGCGUGUACGACGAGGGCCAUGUGCUCAAGAACCGCAAGUCGCAAAAGUACGACAAGCUGCUGCGCAUCCGCUCCCAGUGGCGGCUGCUGCUGACGGGCACGCCGCUGCAGAACAACCUGCAGGAGCUCAUCUCGCUGCUCAACUUUAUCAUGCCACAGUACUUUAGCUCGGCCGAAGAGGCGCUUGCGGCCAUCUUCAAGGUCAAGGCAGGCGCACAGCAGAACCAGCUGUCCAAGCAGCGCGUCGGCCGCGCAAAGCGGAUGAUGCAGCCGUUUGUUCUGCGCAGGCUCAAGGACAAGGUGCUGACCGACCUCGGCACCAAGACCAUCACCGUAGAGUACUGCGAGAUGACGCCCGUGCAGAAGAAGGUCUACGCCCAGGCCGUCGCACGAUCACGGGCCGCCGCACUCGGAGAGGCCGACCAGGCCGAUCGGCCGCGCGCCGGCAGCCGGACCCGAGGAGGCACGACGGGUGGCAGCAAGGACUCGGGCCAUGUGCUCAUGGAGCUGCGCAAGGCGGCCAACCACCCGCUGCUGACGAGAAGGAUCUUUGACGAGAAAAAGAUUGACGCCAUGGCGCGCGACCUGAUGAAGGAACCCGACUAUGCCGACGCCAAUUUUGAGCAUACCAAGGAGGACCUCCGCAUCAACACCGACGCACAGCUGUCGUUUUCGGCCAACACGUAUCCUAGCACACGCAAGCACGUGCUGCCGGCCCGCGAAUGGAUGAACGCCGGCAAGGUCAAGGCCCUGGAGCGGCUGAUCCCCGAGAUCAAGGCGCGGGGCGAGCGGAUCCUCAUCUUCAGCCAGUUCACCAUGGUGCUCGACAUCCUGUGCGUGUGCCUGGAGCACAUGGGCAUCCGCUACGUUGGGUUCACGGGCGCCACGCAGGUCGAGGACCGACAGCACCUGGUGGACCAGUUUACAAACGACCCGGAGAUCACCGUCUUCCUGCUCUCGACCAAGGCCGGAGGGCUGGGCAUCAACCUGGUCGCCGCCAACUGGGUCAUCCUCUUUGACCAGGAUUUCAACCCGCAGAACGACAAGCAGGCCGCCGACCGGUGCUACCGCAUGGGCCAGAAGAAGCCCGUCACGGUCAUCAAGCUGAUCUGCAAGGGCACCAUCGACGAGGACAUCCACGCUCUGGGAGAGCGCAAGAUCCAGCUGGCCGAACGCGUUUCGGGCGAAGAGGACCUCGAGUCGGACGAGGCCGAGCAGCAAAAGGUCGCUCAGACCCUGCUGUCGCAGCUGCGCGAGCGACCGGCCGAAGUCGUCGAGAUCGACGACGACUGA